UGUAUUUGCAUUUUCACUUGAUUAAUUAUGCUCAAUAGGUCAGUUAAUUGGUUUUAUCUAUAACCAGUGUUGAAGCCUCGGGGAUCAGCUGUUUGUAAACCAGUGCACACGUUGACUUGUCACAGCAGAGUUCCUCAGUGCCCGCAGUGUCCAGGUAAGACGCACAGGUCGGCUGCCUUAACCUCACCAGCUUGCUUCAGCUUCAGCUAUGGCUUCAUAUUUUGGUUAUAUGCCUCGCAGAAUGCCCUGUGAAGUGAAGCCUCGGUUCUUGGUUCUGUAUGGUUCUCAGAAGGGACAGGCCCAGUCCAUAGCAGAGGGCAUCGCUGAAGAGGCAGGGGAGCACGGGCUGCUCGCGGACCUUAGCUGCCUGGACCAGACAGAGAAGUACAAUUUGGAGAGGGAGAACGCCCCGGUUGUGUUUAUUGUGUCUACUACUGGAGACGGGGAGCCGCCAGACAAUGCUCUCAAAUUUGUAAAGAGAAUCAAGAAGAAGACCCUCCCGUCUGAUCAUUAUAAGCACCUUUGCUAUGCACUUUUAGCUUUAGGAGAUACAAAUUAUGCAAAUUUUUGCAACUGUGGGAAGACAAUUGACUGUCGUCUCCAGGAACUCGGAGCCAAACAAUUUUACGCCACAGGACAUGCAGAUGAUGGUGUGGGGCUGGAGCUAGUUGUGGACCCCUGGCUUGAAGGACUGUGGGAAGCAAUCAAAGCAGCCUUAUCAAACAUGGCCUCUGAUAGGGAAGGUCACCAGACGGAUUUAGCGAGAGAAUCUCCAGAUUCACCCUCAGACGUCAAAAUAAACCUCCUAAGUCUCACUGACAACCAAAAGAGUGACUCAGCUGGAGUAUCUGUAGAUACUGACUUUAAAUCAGCAUUUGCUGCUUCAUCCUCAGCUUCUGUUACACAGACUACCAUUUCUGACGCCAGAACGGCUCCUCCUGCAGAGAGUCCUGCGUUGGUCACCCAAACAGGUGGCACUGCCAGUCUUCCCACAAUAGCAGCGAACACACAGACAGGGAAUGCCGUUUCCCAUGCUGUGCUGGAAGCAUCACUGACAUGCUCUCUGCCACAGCUUUCUGAAUCCUCUCUCAAUGUUCCCGCUCUUCCUCCUCCAUUCCUCGAUGUCUCACUUCAGGAGGAGAGCAUAGAGGAGAUUAAUGCACCAUUGAAUAAAGAGGGUCUCUGUGAAGUGGCCGUAUCCAGGGCAGUUCAGCUGACCAGAGGAGAUUCGGUGAAGACAGCUCUUCUGCUCGAGCUGGACAUCUCCGCCCAUCCGACGAUGACCUAUCUGCCGGGAGAUUCGUUUGAUGUCCUCUGCCCAAAUAGGGACACUGAGGUGGACGAGAUGCUCCACAGAUUGGGCCUCCAGGACCAGAGACACCACUGUGUCCAUGUAUCUCUACGCAAGGACACCAAGAAAAAAGGUGCCCAGGUGCCAGCCUAUAUUUCUCAGAAUGGGACUCUGGAGUACCUGCUCACAUGGUGUCUAGAGAUCAGGAGUGUGCCUAAGAAGGCAUUUCUCAGAGCGCUGGUGGAGUGUACAGGAGACACCAAGCAGAAGAGGAGACUACAGGAGCUGUGCAGUAAACAAGGCGCUGCGGAUUACAACCUCUAUGUGAGAGACCCGAGCCUCAGUGUUUUGGAGCUGCUCACCGCUUUUCCGUCUUGCUCCCCUCCUCUCAGCCUGCUCUUAGAGCAUUUGCCGAAACUGCAGCCCAGGCCUUACUCAGCAGCCAGCUCCAGUCUCAGGCUCCCAGGGAAGCUGCAUUUUGUCUUCAAUGUGGUAGAGUUCCCAGCAUGCUCUGGGCGACCUGCGGGGAGGCAGGGCCUUUGCACUGGUUGGCUAUCUGACCUCAUCAAUCCCAUCCUGGUUUACCCUGGGAAGGCUGAGUCCUCCGGCAGCCAAGCUCUGCCAAAGAUCCAUGUGAGUUUGCGACCCAACUGCACCUUCCGACCUCCCUCAGACCCCUCGGUGCCCUUCAUAAUGGUCGGGCCUGGCACAGGGGUCGCCCCGUUCAUCGGCUUCCUCCAGCAAAGAGAGAAGGAGAGGCAGACGAACCCCGAGGCGGCGUUUGGCGAGACCUGGUUGUUCUUCGGUUGCCGCCACAAAGACAGAGACUACCUGUUUAGAGAGGAGCUGGAGGGCUUUGUGUCCAGCGGUACCCUGAGCCACCUGAAGGUGUGUUUCUCCAGAGACAAACAGGAGGAAGAGACCACCUCCCCAGCAGCACCCAGAUAUGUCCAGCACAACCUGCUGCUUAACAGGCAACACAUCACCGACAUCCUGCUGAAAGAGAGCGGCUGCCUCUACGUCUGUGGGGAUGCAAAGAACAUGGCUAAGGACGUGAACGAUGCCCUGGUGGAGAUGAUCAGAGCCGAGCUUCAGCUGGACCAACUGGAUGCCAUGAAGAAACUGGCAGAGUUAAAAGAGGAGAAGCGCUACUUGCAGGACAUCUGGGGGUGAUGAGGGCCGAGGAGAUAGCUGCACAUUUCAGGAACCUACGAGCUCUUUCACACCUCAAAAACAGCGUGUUCAGCUGUAAUGUCUAGAACCAUAAAAUUGUGGAUGCUGAAGCCCAGAGGUAGUUUACACCACCUAAUACGACCAAACUCAAAUGGCAUGUACCAUACCUAGGGAUGUCGGUUCACUACAUCAUCUUGGUCUGUGCUGUUUGAACAGAAAUGACCUUGGUCGGGCCAAUAGUGCUGCAGAUUGGUCUGCAGCGUGAAAAUGCUUUUAGUGUAGACAGCCCGCCUGCUUUCUGGGGGAAAAGCAUUUACUUCAGUUCACGGUGAUGCAGUGAUUGUGACUAGAAUGAAAGUGGGAUAUCACUCCACCAUAAAUGGCAACAGCAUAACAAUCUAGUUCUUUUAACAACACACAUUUUGUCAUUCAUUGAAAAUGUCUGUUUUUUCUUCCAUCAAUUAUUUAUAUUGUAGUUAAUACUAAACCAGCCUGUUGCCAGCUAUGCACACAUGGGUUUUUGAAGCCACCAUCUUAACAUAGACAAACCCAGUGGCACCAUUUAUUCAAAGAAAAAAGUCCUUGCAUCAUCGUUUUGAUAUAUACAGACCUGUGCUGAUAUAGUACUUUAUGUAUCCUGAUUACUGUUAAUUAGCAAAAUGCAAUAAUUCAUGGGAAAUGGCCAUUUCAAAGGCCUAUUUGAUUAUACCUGGGAUCAUUUUGAAACUACUCUAAAUUUAUUUACUAUUUUAAAUGUAAGCAUUUGAGACGUUUUCAGCCAAAUGAUUUAUGCCUUUGGCUGCUGCUAUUUCCAAAUGCCACUGGUCUCAUUUAGUUUUUUAAUGGUACUCAAAUAAGAGAUAACUCUCUCAAAAUAUGUCGGCAUUAUUCAGGUGACAGUUUACAUUUGUGCAUUGACAGGCUGUUUUCAGGUUCAGUUUUGAGGACGUGAACGUUUCCAAAAGGUCAUUGGACAGUUAGCAGUGGUCUGGCCAGAUCAGGUGGCCUUCAGUGUUAAAGAGAUGCUUUGCAUGUGCUGGGGGUGACGUAUCAUGUAAGUGUUAUGCAAGUUUGUGGGGAAUUUAUUGUUUUGUGCCUUUCAGAAUAACAGAUUGGUGAAUGGUGGCAGAUGUGGUGCUCCUCGGUUUUAACAUCUGCAUGGGAUGUGCAUGGCUGGUCCAUGAAACCAACCAGCAUGUCUGUUGGACAUUUCUGAACACCUGGAACAGAGGGUGGGAUAUCCUCUGUUGUGAUGAAUUAAGUACCAAGAUUUUUUUUCUACCCCUGCUUACAGAGUGCUCCUCCCCUGUUUCACUGCACCGUGUAACUUUGAAGUGCGAGUCCAGGACUAAGGCAACUUAGUUUUCUCUGCUCGUACACAGCCAGGUGUUGCCGAAAUGCUUCCUUGAGACAAGCUUGCCCCAGGUGGUCGCUGAGUCCUCUGGCACAUGGAGUGAUGUAACUGGCAGUAACAACAAUUAAGCACUGAACACAAUCAGUAUCAGUUUCAAAAAGGUGUUAACAUAUCUACAGCGCCUGAAAGUACAAUCGUCAUCAGCACGGAGAACAGAAAUGGUACGCUGUCAGGGCUCUGUGGCUGAAGGCGACUCUCUCCGAAGAUGAUGUGCAGUAUUGACAGGCGGUGUUUUAGGCACAGUUGAUGUCAUCCGUUGAUUUCACAUCUUUAAUGGCGAGCAUCUGCAAAUGAGCGAGGCACCUCUCAUGAUGGGGAGAGAGCACACAUCCUUAUCAGCUGAACUCAGACUGCAGAUCUUCCGCUGGUCAUCAGUGAAGUCUUCCUCAAGGGGAGUAUAAUCUUCAAAGUGAGCAAAGCCACCAUGUUAGUUGUAUUAUCAGUUGGAGAUUUUCAAAUGGUUCAAGGUUUUUCCAUAUACACUUGGAAUAUUUUCUCCGGUGCAGCAACCACUGAAUGCCAAACAUUUGCAUACCAGCAUAGCAGCCAUAGCAUAUAGCAGUCCAGUAGAAAGUGUAAAGUCAUUCCCAGGUUGAACAUAACGUGGUGACUGGACCAGAGAUCAAGGGUGACACAGAUGGGUGAUGCAGAAUCAAAAGGACACAUAUAACACUCUUCUGCAUCUGCUUUCUUUCGUUAGCCAGAGAUGGCCCUUUGAGAUGGCACUGAGCGGCUUGGAUUAAAGUUUUUGCACAACUUGAGUGAGGAACUUUCCAAAAAGACUCAAAGUGGACUGUAAUUUCUGCACUGACAUCGUCCAAGUGCCUGGCAGUGUUCAGUUGCUGGGGAUGUGUACAGGUGUGUCUUCUAACAGCACAAACAUUUUCUGCUAGAGCACAGAUACAGCAGGACUGGGUGUCUGGGGAAAAGAGCAUAGAUAAGUAAAUAGCAUAAAAAUGCCACAUUAUACCAAGAUAUUCGAGUGAGCAUUGCAUCAAGUUGCAUGCAUCACAUGGUUUUCCCCAUAUAUAUGCAAAUACCUCCAUAUUAUGCCUCAUCAUAUUUUGCAUCACAGCUUUAUAACAAGUACUCUUAAUUAUGAAACAUCCAAAUUGAUUUUACUCAAUUUAAUUAUAGUCUAAAAGUUUAUUUAGUACAGAAUAAUGUUAAAUUGAAUCCAUAAAACCAUAAAGGCAUGUUUAGCUGUACUUCAGCUGUGCUUAUAUCUAAUGGAGUUAUAGGCCUUCUAUAAGUGUAUUUAGAAAUAUGGAAAGUAUGGAUAGUAACAUAAUUGUACACGCAACAUUUUACAUACUAAAAGUAUAAUUUUCACCAUAAAAAAUAUGCUAUUUGAAGUGUCUCCCAAGUUCCUUCAGCAUAAAGUCGUGCUGCACAGUCUUGGAUUUUAUGGAUGCCACCAUAUUACAGGCUGAGGCGUGGCUCGGUAGCCAGGGAUGGUUCCUCAAAACACAAAGCAGGUAGAUCCUGUAUGAAGAGCAGAUCACUUGAGAUCACUUGAGACUGAUUGAAAACAGGGGACUUCAAUUACCUCAUUCACCUGUACUGAGAUAUGAGUGGUUGCAAGCAAAAUGCCUCUGCCAAAAUCUUUCUAACGUGGACAUUUGGUUUUCUGUGAGGGUGAGAGUGGUAAAGGCACAGCGUAAAACAUGACUAACAAGGGGAAAGAGACAGAAAAUAAGCUACAUAUACACUCAGUGGCCACUUUAUUAGGUGCCCCUGCACAAUCUAAUACUAUCCAAUGCAGCUGUUCUGCCAUAAAGUUUACUUUUCUGCUGCCUA